AUGGCACAUGAGGGACACAUGGUCCUUUCUUUAAUGGGUAGAGAAUCCAGGGACCCAACAUCGGUCAAUGGUUUCUAUCAAUGGGAACUUUUAGCACAAGCCCUUAUGACUAUGGUUUCAGAGGGUAUUGUUGAAGAAGAAAAAGUGGAUUCUUUUAACGCACCUUACUAUGCAUGUUGUUAUGAAGAAUUGAAAAUGGUGAUUGAAAAAGAAGGGUCAUUCAUGGUGAAUUCCCAUAAAACUUAUGAAAUUGAUUGGGAUGAAGGGAUGGAAUUGGAAAUUAGAGGAGAAGGUUUUGCAAGGGCCAUGAGGGCUGUGGUUGAGUCCAUACUUGAAUAUCAUUUUGGGAGUCCUAUAAUGGACGACUUGUUUAGAAGGUAUGCUCAACUUGUGGACCACCAUUUGUCUAAUGCUAGGGCAAAAUUAAUAACUUUGAUCAUUUCUCUAGUCAAACGACACUAG